CCAUUUCCGGGAUGUUUUCUCUGCUGACCAACCUCCACCGCCAUUGCAGGUCCAGGGAGUCGGUGUAGUGACAGUCGUUAGCCGGGGAAGACCGCAAGUAAACAGUUAAGGGAAGGAAUAAAAGAAAAAUAAAGUACAGUCACACCGACAGCGCGUUUUAAACAAGGCGUAGAAUUCGCUUACAAUUGGACUUUAGACUAGAGACUUCCUGGCUGUCCGGCUAGGAUCUGAGAGAAGCAGCCGUAGUUUGUUAGCAUUAGAAGAGACCGGAGGAGAGUGAGAGAGGAACCGCCAUGGCUCAGAUCCUGCCUAUUCGCUUUCAGGAGCACCUGCAGCUCCAAAACUUAGGGAUCAAUCCGGCCAACAUAGGCUUCAGCACCCUAACCAUGGAGUCUGAUAAGUUCAUCUGUGUGCGUGAGAAGGUGGGUGAGCAGACUCAGGUGGUGAUCAUCGACUUGGCCGACCCCAACACACCUAUCCGCAGGCCCAUCUCAGCUGACAGCGCCAUCAUGAAUCCAGCCAGCAAGGUCAUUGCACUUAAAGACGCUGCCAAAACUCUUCAGAUCUUUAACAUUGAGAUGAAGAGCAAGAUGAAGGCGCACACCAUGACCGACGAUGUUACCUUUUGGAAGUGGAUCUCUCUUAACACAGUUGCACUUGUGACUGACAAUGCCGUCUACCAUUGGAGCAUGGAGGGUGACUCACAGCCUGUGAAAGUCUUUGACCGGCACUCUAGCCUGGCAGGCUGCCAGAUCAUCAACUACCGCACUGAUGCCAAGCAGAAGUGGCUCCUGCUCGUCGGCAUCUCAGCUCAGCAAAAUCGAGUGGUGGGAGCCAUGCAGCUGUACUCUGUUGAGAGAAAAGUUUCUCAGCCCAUUGAAGGCCAUGCUGCCAGCUUUGCCCAGUUUAAGAUAGAAGGAAAUGCAGAAGAGUCAACUCUGUUCUGCUUUGCUGUCAGAGGCCAGGCUGGAGGGAAGUUGCACAUCAUUGAAGUGGGAACCCCACCAACUGGUAACCAGCCAUUUCCUAAGAAAGCAGUGGAUGUCUUCUUCCCUCCAGAAGCCCAGAAUGACUUCCCUGUAGCCAUGCAGAUAAGCUCCAAGCACAAUGUGGUUUUCCUCAUUACCAAAUAUGGCUACAUCCAUCUCUAUGACUUGGAGACUGGCACCUGCAUCUACAUGAACCGCAUCAGUGGAGAGACCAUCUUUGUCACUGCUCCACAUGAGGCCACCUCAGGCAUCAUUGGGGUCAACAGGAAGGGGCAGGUUCUGUCUGUCUGUGUAGAAGAGGAAAACAUCAUUCCCUACAUCACCAACGUGCUGCAGAAUCCAGAUCUGGCUCUCCGCUUAGCUGUCCGCAACAACCUCACGGGAGCCGAAGAGCUGUUUGCGCGCAAGUUCAACAACCUGUUUGCUGCUGGCAACUACUCCGAGGCCGCCAAGGUUGCUGCUAAUGCACCAAAGGGCAUCCUGCGCACCCCAGAUACCAUCCGUCGUUUCCAGAGUGUUCCCACUCAGCCAGGCCAGACCUCCCCCUUGCUGCAGUACUUUGGUAUCCUGUUAGACCAGGGUCAGCUCAAUAAGUUUGAGUCCCUGGAGCUUUGCAGGCCUGUCCUCCAGCAGGGGCGAAAGCAGCUUUUGGAAAAGUGGCUGAAGGAAGACAAGUUGGAGUGUUCGGAAGAACUGGGUGACUUGGUGAAGGCGGUGGAUCCUACCUUGGCUCUCAGUGUGUACCUGAGGGCCAACGUUCCCAACAAGGUCAUUCAGUGCUUUGCAGAGACUGGUCAGUUUCCUAAGAUUGUCCUGUACGCCAAAAAGGUCGGCUACACACCAGACUGGAUCUUUCUGCUCAGGAAUGUGAUGCGGAUCAAUCCAGAACAGGGCCUGCAGUUUGCACAGAUGCUAGUCCAAGAUGAAGAGCCACUGGCUGACAUUACACAGAUUGUGGAUGUGUUUAUGGAGUACAACCUGAUUCAGCAGUGCACAUCAUUCCUUCUGGAUGCACUGAAAAACAACAGACCCUCAGAAGGACCUCUCCAGACUCGUCUGCUGGAGAUGAACCUCAUGCAUGCACCACAGGUUGCUGAUGCAAUCCUGGGCAACCAGAUGUUCACCAACUAUGAUCGUGCCCACAUUGCCCAGCUGUGUGAGAAAGCUGGACUCCUGCAAAGAGCACUGGAGCACUACACUGACCUGUAUGACAUCAAGCGUGCUGUGGUGCACACACACCUGCUCAACCCAGAGUGGUUGGUGAACUACUUUGGCUCAUUGUCAGUGGAAGAUUCUCUGGAGUGCCUCAGGGCCAUGCUCUCAGCUAACAUCCGCCAGAACCUGCAGAUCUGUGUCCAGGUGGCGUCCAAGUACCAUGAACAGCUCACCACACAGGCUCUCACUGAACUCUUCGAGUCCUUCAAGAGCUUUGAAGGUUUGUUCUAUUUCCUGGGCUCUAUUGUAAACUUCAGUCAGGAUCCUGAAGUUCACUUCAAAUACAUCCAAGCUGCCUGCAAGACGGGCCAGAUCAAAGAGGUGGAAAGGAUCUGUAGAGAGAGCAACUGCUACGAUCCUGAGCGUGUCAAGAACUUCCUCAAGGAAGCCAAACUAACCGACCAGCUCCCACUCAUCAUCGUCUGUGACCGUUUUGACUUUGUCCAUGACCUGGUCCUCUACCUGUACCGCAACAACCUGCAGAAAUACAUUGAGAUCUAUGUUCAGAAGGUAAAUCCGAGCCGUCUGCCUGUGGUGGUCGGUGGCCUCUUAGAUGUGGACUGCUCUGAGGAUGUCAUCAAGAGUCUGAUCCUGGUUGUCAGAGGACAGUUUUCCACAGAUGAACUGGUCGCUGAGGUGGAAAAGAGGAACAGGCUGAAGCUGCUCCUGCCCUGGCUCGAGUCUCGUAUCCACGAAGGCUGUGAAGAGCCAGCAACCCACAAUGCACUGGCCAAGAUCUACAUUGACAGCAACAACAACCCUGAACGCUUCCUGAGGGAAAACCCUUACUAUGACAGCCGUGUGGUGGGAAAGUACUGUGAGAAGAGAGACCCCCAUUUGGCAUGUGUAGCUUAUGAGAGAGGACAGUGUGACCAGGAGCUGAUCAAUGUCUGCAAUGAGAACUCCCUCUUCAAAAGCUUGUCUCGCUACCUUGUACGACGCAGAGACCCUGAGCUGUGGGCCAGCGUGCUGCUGGAGACCAAUCCCUACAGGCGACCACUUAUUGAUCAGGUGGUGCAGACAGCGCUGUCAGAAACCCAGGACCCAGAGGAGGUUUCGGUCACAGUCAAGGCUUUCAUGACUGCCGACUUGCCCAACGAGCUCAUUGAGCUGCUGGAGAAGAUUGUGUUGGAUAACUCAGUCUUCAGUGAACACAGAAAUCUGCAGAACCUGCUGAUCUUGACAGCCAUCAAGGCUGACCGUACUCGAGUGAUGGAAUAUAUCAGCAGGCUAGACAACUAUGAUGCCCCUGACAUUGCAAACAUUGCCAUCAGCAAUGAGCUCUUUGAGGAGGCCUUUGCCAUCUUUAAAAAGUUUGAUGUCAACACCUCUGCUGUGCAGGUGCUGAUAGAGCAUAUUGGCAACUUGGACCGAGCCUAUGAGUUUGCAGAGCGCUGCAAUGAGCCCGCUGUGUGGAGCCAGCUGGCCAAGGCUCAGCUGCAGAAGGGCCUUGUUAAGGAAGCCAUUGAUUCCUACAUCAAAGCUGAUGACCCCUCUGCAUACAUGGAGGUGGUACAGGCUGCUGAUAAGAGUGGUAACUGGGAGGACUUGGUCAAAUUCCUGCAGAUGGCUCGUAAGAAGGCCCGCGAAUCCUACGUAGAGACCGAGCUGAUCUUUGCUUUGGCCAAAACCAAUCGCCUUGCUGAACUUGAGGAGUUCAUCAAUGGACCCAAUAAUGCUCACAUCCAACAGGUUGGUGACCGCUGCUAUGAUGAGAAAAUGUAUGAGGCCGCUAAACUGUUGUACAACAACGUUUCCAACUUUGGUCGUCUGGCUUCAACCUUGGUGCACCUCGGAGAGUACCAGGCUGCUGUGGACGGCGCCCGUAAGGCCAACAGCACCCGCACCUGGAAAGAGGUGUGCUUCGCCUGUGUGGAUGGACAGGAGUUCAGACUGGCUCAGAUGUGUGGGCUCCAUAUCGUAGUGCACGCCGAUGAGCUGGAGGAGCUGAUUAACUACUACCAAGACCGUGGUUACUUUGAGGAGUUGAUUACCAUGCUGGAGGCCGCCCUGGGCCUGGAGCGCGCUCACAUGGGGAUGUUCACAGAGCUGGCCAUCCUCUAUUCCAAGUUCAAGCCCCAAAAGAUGAGAGAGCACCUGGAGCUCUUCUGGUCAAGAGUUAACAUCCCAAAGGUCCUGAGAGCAGCAGAGCAGGCUCACCUGUGGGCCGAACUUGUCUUCCUGUAUGACAAAUACGAGGAGUACGACAACGCCAUCAUCACCAUGAUGAACCACCCGACAGAUGCCUGGAAGGAGGGCCAGUUCAAAGACAUCAUCACCAAGGUGGCCAACGUGGAGCUGUAUUACAAAGCCAUCCAGUUCUAUCUGGAGUUCAAACCAUUGUUACUGAAUGAUUUGCUCAUAGUGCUUUCCCCCAGACUGGACCACUCACGUGCGGUCAACUUCUUCACCAAGGUGAAACAGCUGCCUCUGGUCAAACCGUACCUACGGUCAGUACAGAACCACAACAACAAAUCAGUCAACGAAGCACUUAACAACCUCUUCAUCACAGAGGAGGACUAUCAGGCACUGAGAACAUCAAUAGAUGCCUACGAUAACUUUGACAACAUCUCACUGGCCCAGCGCUUGGAGAAGCACGAGCUGAUUGAGUUCAGGAGAAUCGCUGCCUACCUGUUUAAGGGCAACAACCGCUGGAAACAGAGCGUAGAGCUCUGCAAAAAGGACAAGCUUUAUAAGGAUGCCAUGCAGUAUGCUUCAGAAUCCAAAGAUACAGAGCUGGCAGAAGAGUUGCUGUCCUGGUUCCUGCAGGAGAACAAGAAGGAGUGUUUUGCCGCCUGCCUGUUCACUUGCUACGAUCUGCUACGACCUGAUGUGGUGCUGGAGACCUCCUGGAGGCACAACAUCAUGGACUUUUCUAUGCCAUACUUCAUUCAGGUCAUGAGGGAGUACCUCAGCAAGGUAGAUAAACUUGAAACCUCAGAGUCUCUAAGGAAAGAGGAGGAGCAGGCAACAGAGACGCAACCCAUCGUCUACGGAACACCCCAGCUGAUGCUGACAGCAGGCCCAAGCGUACCUGUGGCCCCUCAGCAAGCGUAUGGCUACGGCUACCAGGCGCCCGCAGGAUAUGGUCAACCAGCAGCUCAGCCAGGCUUCGGCUAUGGCAUGUAAAGACCCCAGCUCCUCAUCUCCACUUACAGGGUGGAGCUUCCAUCCAUCCAUCCCCCACAGUCCUUCACCACACCAUUAUCCUCUCGCCCUGCCUUCAACAGGGAGACGAGAACGGCAACAAACUUGUCUUCAUCUUUCUUUUCUUGUUUUUUUUAAACUUUUUUUUACCCCCCCCUUAAACUGCCAUGAAGGACUCAGUUUUAUUUCUGUUGUCAAACGAAAGGUUUGAAUCACAAAGAUUUAAUUUCCUCACAUUCCGUAUUGACUACAUUAAUUUUUCUUAUGUUUAUUUUAUUUGAAUGGGAAAUGGUUUAUGUACAAUGGGAGGGUUGGUAUGUGGGAAGAGCUGGUCUUCUCCAAAAAAAAAACCACACAAACACACAAAGGUCUGUUGUGAAGCAUCUGGUUUGCACUCUGUAGUGAGAAGAAAUUAAUGUAGAACCUCUUCCUCUUGAUGUGCGUGAGCAGCUUCUUCUUUCAGACUGUAAAAUGCAUUUAAUUAUUGUAUAUUCAGACACAUGGCCGCCGCUUCCGUCCCCACAAUCCUGAAACACUACGUUGUCCCAUUAAUGCCCCACACUCAAACUUCAGGGCUGUUUUGAUGAAGAAAAUCCCAGAGAGUAUUUUACGUACAAUUUACAGGAAAGUUUGGUUCUUUCCAGCAAAGCCUAUGCAGAAAAACAUUUACUUCCAGAUGACAUGUCUAUGUGCUUUACACACGGCUUUAAUGUGGGACGAUUCCACCUUAGGAGGGGCUGCAGACCUGUUUGUGCUCGACUAACAACCCCCCCCCUUUAUGCUGUGGUUUGUUUCUGCAGGAGAGAUUUUCCAAACUUUAUUCUCCUGUUUAGAUUAGAUUGAAUGUUAUUAAGUCGAACUCCUCUAAAUCAGAAACAAUAUCACAACACUUGUGGGAUUUUGAAGGUUUUUCUUUUUUGUUAGGCUUGUGUGUGUAUACAGGAAAUCAAUCAUUAACUCCUUUGAACUUAUAUUCUUAUCUCAAUUACCUUAGAUUUAAAUUGUGCACUUAAGAUACUUGAUUGUGCAUAAUCAGGAUCAUAAUGAAUGAAACAGCGGUUUUGUUUUCCACUUAAAAAAUAAAAUAAAGGCUUCUUGUUUGUCAA